AACAGCUGUUUGCAAUUGUUUUAUGAAGAAUGAAAACAUAUUAGAAAACAGCUGAUCUUAGUUGGAUGGAGACGUGACAAGUUCGCAAAACUUCGCUAUUUAACAAAAGAGUUGGACUAAACCCAAAAUACUCAAAAUGCUCCUGCAGAGAGCAUUAUGUCGCAGCUGGACAAGACAAAUUGCGGAACCACUCCCCAGCUACGGGAGCAAAUUACUGCGAGCGCAUACAUUAACACUAAGAUCCCUACGUAGCAGUCCCCGUCAUCAGCGUCCACCUAGAAGUGGAAGCAUUCAAACAUCGCCGCCUUUCGAAAAUUAUACCUUUGGAGGUUCAGUACCACCUAGUAAUGUUUUGAAGGCCUUUAUUUUCACAGGCGCGUUUAGCGCUGGAUGUUUUAUGAGCGCCACUAUACUGGAAUAUGAAAAUACACGUAAUAUGAUGAUAGAAAAAGCACGACAAAGUAAAUUCCCUUGGCUACGUAGCCAACGCGUUAGCCAAGAACAAAAUGUUUGGGAACAAUUGAAACAAGAGUUGAAAUUACAUUGGGAUAAACUAACGCCUGGCGAACGAAUAUUCGUACCACUUUGUGCAUUGAAUGUAUUAGUCUUUGGACUUUGGCGAGUGCCAUCCUUGCGUAACACCAUGAUGACCUACUUUUGUUCGAAUCCUGCAGGGCGUGCUGUUUGUUGGCCAAUGUUCCUGUCCACUUUUAGUCAUUAUUCCCUUUUUCAUUUAUUUGCGAAUAUGUAUGUUCUACAUAGCUUUUCCAAUGCGGGUGUGUUGUCCUUGGGAAAAGAGCAAUUUUUGGGUGUUUACUUGAGCGCAGGUGUGAUUGCUAGCCUUUCAAGCAUUCUGUAUAAAACUGUCACUGCACAACCUGGGCUUUCAAUAGGCGCGUCCGGUGCGAUCAUGGCAAUUCUGGCGUACGUUUGCGCAAAAUAUCCAGAUACGCAACUAAGCAUAUUAUUCCUUCCUAUGCUGAAUUUUUCGGCGGGUUCUGCAAUUAAAGUUAUAAUGGGUUUCGAUUUGGCUGGUUGCAUAAUGGGCUGGAAACUCUUUGAUCAUGCUGCUCAUUUAGGUGGUGCUCUCUUUGGACUCUUUUGGGUUUAUUUCGGUACUGAAUUAUGGCAAAAGCGUAUACCAUUUUUAACGAUGUAUCAUGAUUUACGAAAAACUAAAUAGCAGAGCUUUUGAAUCGUUUAAUUAAAAUUAAAAUUGAGGAGUAGAUAAAGAUUAUAAAGACGUGGUCAAUAAUUUUAAAUAUGUAGUUGAUUAAAUUAUCGUUAAUAACUAGUGAAACAAAACCACAUAUUUUUAUGCAUUCUUAUGUAUUUAACUUGCCUAAGUUUUCAUGCAAAAAAAAAAAAUUAAAAAGCAAAUC